AUGGAGCGGCUGGCCAGCCUGGAGCUGAAGCUGGAGGCACGGCAGAAGCUGCAGGGCUUCAAGAACGACAUGCUGGUCCUGAAGAACAUCUGGUUCAAGAAGCUGCGCGACACAGACGACCACGCGGAGCGCCUGGAGAGCUUCUACAAGAACCAGGCGCACGCAUACGACAGCUUCCGCUCCAAGUUCCUGUGGGGGCGGCGCCCCAUGCUGGCCGCCUGCGCCGCACGCCUGCGCGACUGCGACGACAUGGUGUGGGUGGACCUGGGCGGCGGCACCGGGGAGAAUGUGGACAUGAUGUCAUCCUACAUCGACCUGGCGCAGUUCAAGGCCAUCUACGUGGUGGACCUGUGCAAGUCGCUGUGCGAGCAGGCGCGCAAGAAGGUGGCGGAGAAGGGGUGGGCCAACGUGCGGGUGGUGGAGGCGGACGCAUGCCACUUUGCGCCGCCAGAGGGCGCGGCCACCCUCGUCACCUUCUCCUACUCCCUGUCCAUGAUCCCUCCCUUCCACGCCGCCGUGGACCGCGCCAUCUCCUACCUGGACCGCGAGCAGGGUCUGCUGGGUGUGUGCGACUUCUUCACGUCCUCCAAGUACGACCUGCCGCUGCGCCAGAUGGACUGGCUGCGCCGCUUCUUCUGGCGCUCCGUCUUCGACUCCGACAACAUCGACAUCGGCCCCGAGCGGCGCCAGUACCUGGACCACCAGCUGAGCUGGGAGGACCCGGCGGCAGACGAGCCUCACCUGCAGAUCAGCGACAGCGACGUGUGCCUGACGCUGACCUCCGGCGGCUGCAACUCGCUGCACCUGUGCAUCAGCGGCGCGCGGCGCGUGUACAGCGUUGACUGCAACCCCGCGCAGUCUGCACUGCUGGAGCUGAAGCAGGUGGCCAUCCGGCAGCUGGAGUAUGAGGAUGUGUGGGCGCUGUUUGGGGAGGGCAAGCACCCCCGCGCGGCGCAGCUGUUUGAACGAGAGCUGGCGCCCUUCCUGAGCCAGUCGGCCAUCCGCUUCUGGCGGGACCGCCUGCGGUACUUUGACGAUGGCCUGUACUUCCAUGGCGGCAUGGGCAAGGUGGUGCGCGUGGUGCAGUCGCUGGCCUCCUGGCUGGGCAUGGGGCGCGCGGUGGCGGCCGUGGCGGCGGCCCCCACCCUGAAGGCGCAGCGCGCGGGCUGGGAGGCGCUGUGGGUGGUGCGCCUGCUGCGCGCCGUCCCCGCCUGGGCCCUCUCCAUCAUCGCCGACUUUGCUGCCCUCCUCUUCUUCAACAGAGUCACCCUGUGGUUUGGCGGCGACAUCCCCUUCAAGCAGUACCAGCUGAUCAUGCGGGACGGCGUGCACAUGAGCGCCUACGCCGCCCGCACCUUUGAUGGCGUGGCGCAGCACAGCCACCUGCGCCGCCACAACUACUUUUACUACAACUGCCUGACGGGCAGGUUUGCGAGGGACAACUGCCCCUCCUACCUGACCCCCGCCGGCUUUGCCGCGCUCAAGGACGGCGCCCUGGACUCACUGGCAAUCGUCAACGGCUUCUUCCUGCCCACCCUGCGUGCCCGCCAGUACACCAAGGUCAUCCUGAUGGACCACCUGGACUGGCUGGACGACAAGGCGACGCGGGAGGUGGCCGCCACGCUGGCCAAGCAGGUGGCGCCCGGCGGCCGCGUCAUCUGGCGCUCGGCCGCCUACGUGCCGCCCUACGCGGCCUUCAUCGCCGACGCUGGCUUUGAGGUGCGGUGCAUCCAGCGGGCUGACCAGGGCUUCAUGGACCGGGUCAACAUGUAUGCCAGCUUCUGGGUGGCGGAGAAGAAGGCCAAGCAGCAGUGA